UAGAAAGAAAGAAAGAAAGAAGAUGGAAAUGAAAUCAUAUACGAGUAAUAUUUAAUGUCUCAACGUCCAUCUAUCUAACACUACACCCACACCCACAUCAUCAUUUAUCUCUCUAAUAAUAAUAAUAAUAAUAAUAAUUCUAAAACCACUUUCUCUCAUCUUCAGGAUCGAUUCAAGAUAUUACUUUUCUUGUGGGUUCAGGUGGACCGUCAUUGUAUAAAUCAUUUUGUAAGAGAUGUUGGGAGGAAGUAACAACAAUUCAUCAGUCCCUGUCUUUGUUGAUGAGAACCUUUUCCGAUACCCUUCAAAUGCAUCUAAUCAGUUGCAACUAUUCACAAAUGUACCAGCUGCUUGUAAUGCUGACCCAGUAAAUUAUUCUGCAAGAGAACAUCGUAGUCCUGGUUUUCAGUCCAAUAAACGACCAAGGGAAGCCGAGGAUAAUUGUAUGCAGAAAAAGCUUCAAAUUUCAUUGAAUAACAACUAUUACCAUGAGGAUCCUGAUUAUCCUUCAAGCAUCCUGAAUCCACACCAUGUGUCAACUGGUUUAAAGUUAUCAUAUGACGACGAGGAACGGAACUCCUCUAUCACUUCAGCAAGCGCAAGUAUGACAUUAACACCAUCAAUUAUGUCCUCUUUUGGUGAUAGCAUGACAACUGAACUUGAUCGACACAAAGAAGAAUUUGAAAGAUACGUUAUGAUACAGGAAGAAAACAUGUUAAAAGGGAUGAGGGACAUAAGGAAGAGACACAUGUCUUCUCUCUUGGCUGCUAUUGAGAAAAGGGUAGACAAUAAACUACGUGAAAAAGAACUCGAAAUAGAAACCUUGAACAGUAAAAACAAGGAACUUAUGGAAAGAAUUAAACAGGUGGCAAAUGAAGCUCAGAAUUGGCAAUACAGAGCGAAGUACAAUGAGUCAAUGGUCAAUAUACUGAAAACAAACCUUCAGCAGGCACUGGCUCAUGGAAACGACAACCAACUUAAAGAAGGAUUUGGAGACACGGAUGAAGUAUCGUCCAGUGAUCAUAGAAAUUUCCUUGGAUUGAAUACCUCUGUCGUGGGAAAGUCCAUAUGUAAAGCAUGCAGGGCAAAAGAGGUGUCGGUUUUGGUAAUGCCUUGUAGACACCUGAGUUUGUGUAAAGAAUGUGAUAGUUUUGCGAGUGUAUGCCCAGUGUGCCAGAUGGUUAAAACGGUUAGUGUGGAAGUGUACCUAUCGUAAACCAUCAAGAGUGAAGUUAUAUAACUUAUAAAAUGAAGAAAUCACCCAUACUUGAUUAAUUAAUUUUUUUGUUACAUUUUA